AUGAAUUUCGAUGAAGAUUCAAUCGUAUCCUUGAUUUUGAUAUUCUCAUGGGUAGAAUAUUCCUGGGAGUUGUAUCUAUCAUUGCGACAGUUGAAUAUAUACAAAACAAACAACGAAAUACCAGACGACUUGAAGGAAAUGCUCAAUGAAGAAUCAUUUAAAAAAGCACGUCUGUAUGGAAUUGAUAAGUCCAGCUUCAAGAUUGUAAAGGAAUUUUAUAGCAUAUUAUUAACAUCUAUUAUUUUAUAUAAUCGCUGGAUUUAUGUGGCAUGGCAGAAAUCAGAAAAUAUUGCAACUGCUUUCAACAUUUCCACAGAUAGGGAAAUAUUAAUUAGUUGUAUAUUCAUGACUUGUGUGACAGUGUUUAAUUUUGUUAUAAACAUGCCAUUCACAGUCUAUGGUACUUUUGUUCUAGAACAAAAACAUGGGUUCAACAAGCAGACAAUAGGAUUCUUUAUUAAAGAUCAAAUAAAAUCCUUACUACUCAGCCUUGUCAUUACACUGCCUAUUAUAUCUAUAGCCAUUUACAUUAUAAUGCUUGGAGGAAAUAUGUUUGUUGUUUGGCUCUGGAUGUUCACAACAGUAGCAACACUUCUGCUAUUAACACUGUAUCCAACUGUUAUUGCUCCACUCUUUGACAAGUUUGUACCACUUCCAGAUGGUUCUCUUAGAAAAGGAAUUGAAAGUUUAGCUUCAAGGCUCCAUUUUCCUCUUUCUCAAAUUUACAUUGUAGAGGGUUCAAAACGAUCAGCGCACAGUAAUGCUUACUUUAGUGGAUUAUUUGGUGCAAAGAGAAUAGUUUUGUUUGAUACAUUGUUAGAGAAGUAUGAUGAGGAAAAGAAAGUUACAACAGGUUGCACAGAAAGUGAAAUACUAGGUGUCUUAGCCCAUGAACUAGGUCACUGGAAAUGCAGUCAUAUUUAUAAGUCAAUUGCUUUAACUGAAGUGAAUUUACUACUGUUGUUUACUGCAUUUGGACUGUUAUUUAAAUACUCUAUGCUGUACACUUCACUUGGCUUCCCUGCUGGCCAAGAGCCCAUAAUCAUUGGUCUAAUUGUUGUACUGCAAAUGAUUUUGGCACCUUAUAAUUCAAUUUUAUCUUUCUUUGCGACAGCACUUUCUAGAAAAUUUGAGUUUGAGGCAGACAACUUUGCUCUCUCCUUAUCUUACCCAAAUGAAUUAAGAUCUGCUCUCAUAAAACUUGGUAAGGAUAAUUUGGAUUACCCAAUAUAUGAUAAAUUGUAUUCUGCCUGGUAUCAUUCCCACCCAACAUUGUUGCAUAGAAUCGAGAACAUAAAAGAGCAAGUCAAGAAUUUAAAGAAAGAAUAA